CGGAAGUACUUCCGCUAUUGUGUUCGUCGAUCGAACAUUUGCUAAGAUUUUAUCAGAAUCGAACCAUAAAUGAAAUAAUUUCACAGAAGGUAAAAUGUGAUAUCUGAAAGGAUUUACUGUGGUAAGGCAUGGGGAGCCGUGGACGGCGAUCGAACGGUGGAAGAGAAGGGUAAGGCUUUUAAAAGCUGAUACCAAACCUCAGGAUUCAUUGAGCUUACUUUUCAGUACUUAUUAGAUCUAACCCUUUCUAUGACAGACUGACAAAACAGCCUCGAUUUUUUCUCAUCAAAGUACUAUCCAGACCUAUUUCAAAGACUACUUGGUCUCACAAGAUGUCUCUGAAACAGUCCGCAGUCUUCGUUACGCUCCCGAACAGACUUACACUGAAUAUAAACAUUAAACAACGAUGUCAACAAAGUGCAGUUUUGAUUAAAAGUAAGCUCUUAAAGCGUAUAGCUGAAGCAUUGAAAUACCGAGUAAUAAUUUCUACGAAAAAAUCUUUUCAUUACGGCUUCAAUCAGAGCUGGACACUCAAGUGCAUAUCUAAAAUUAGUUUAUUCUUGUCGAGGCACAAAUAAAACCUUAAACCAUAUGCAUCAAUCCUGUCUACAACUUUAUAUAUUUUUUGUUAGUCUGAAAUGUCAUAUGACAUUUCAGACUAAUAAGUUUGCACAUUAAAAGCUUUAUCUGUCUGCAGAUAACGCUGUUAUUGCGGCAAAGUUCUCUCUCUUCAGUAUACACCGUCACUGAAUGACCUGUCUUUGAUAUACUAUGGAUGAAUAUAAAUUACAAGAAUGACUCGGUCAUUACCGCUUAGGUCACCUAGCGAAAUUGAGGUGUCGAUUGCUGAUAUUUCCUUAAAUAUUGGUUGGAAAACACAACUGUAAGCCGGUAGAUGAAAAGGGUCUUGAUGGCAGUUGGUCUCUCAGUCUGCAAAAGGCUGCACUGAGGUCAGUGAUGAUCAUGACUUCUCAUCCUUCACAGAGUGGCUUACAAUCGUCUCCAACAACAUGGAGCGGGAACAAAUGGUGAAUUUGUUACCGUCCCAAAUAAUCUGAAAGGUUACGUCAUCGGGAAGGAUGGGUGUACUAUUAAAGAGAUCAUGAAGUCAUCAGGCGCGAAGAUCACAUCACCGCGAAGGCAGGACGAUGGGUUUUUAGUCAAAGGUGAUGCUGGACAAAGAGAAUAUGCUAAGAGGCUUAUAUUAGAGAAAGUGGUAAGUGCAAUGUGUAAUGAUAGCAUAGUAAGAAUAUUAUUUCUGUGUCAAAUGGAUUGAGUAGACCAUUUCCUUUUACUGCGAACAUAUAAAUUGAGUAUGAUUUAUCAAAUCACAAGAUCAGUACAAGUCUAGAAAUCAGUAAUAUAUAAAAGACAGAGAUAACGAAACUCUGGAUCCACUUCGAUUAAAAGUCGUCAUAAAACAAAAACAGAGUUAAAAACCGGCUAUUUACAGGACAAAUGGAAGGAUGCAGAUUUACAACUUAGACUGACUGAAGCAAAACAUUUCGCUUUUUGUGAAGUGCAAUAUUGAUCAUUAAUCUGUUAAUUGUCAGCUUCUCUUUGAACCUUAUGGAUUAGCACUGUGUACAAAUAUCAUACUUCCGGGUUUAAUAGGGUAGACGUGAGGACGCAAAACAAUUACCUUCGUAUUUUCCUCUACAGCACGAAUUACAGAUCAAGAAAUUAGAGAUAGCUCAGACUUUAGAAUUGGUCGAAAUUCCAAGCGAAUGCAAAGGCUUUGUGAUAGGUAAAAGAGGAGAGAACCUCAGACAGAUCAGCAGUCAAACAGGAGCAGACUUGAUACUUAAAGAUGGUAAUGUGUACCUGGCCAGCGGAACAGAAGAACAAAGGCAACAUGCUAAACAACAUAUCAGAGAAAUAGUGGUGAGUUGUAAACAUCAGGCCUUAAUGGACCUCUUUGGCUUGUGUUUUUCUUUCCCAAUAGAGUUCCUAAUGUUUUCAUAAAUUAUGCGUAGAUAUACACAUGGAUGAGACGAAAUUUGAAAGAAACAUUCCUCUAGAGUAUUAUCAAAUGACCUGUGCUGGAAAAACAAAACAUACAAGCUAAAGAGAUCUAUUAUUGAGACCGGCGAGAACACAAACCAGAGAACAGAGAUUGAUGAGAACACAGUCACCCCAUGCAUGUAAGGUAAUCCGCAUUACGGAAUCCAAAAAAUAUGUGCUUGUGGAAUCGGGAAUCCUGGGCUUUGAAAUCCGUAACCCAGCUCAAGGAAUCCGGAAUCCAUGGAGUCCGGAAUCCAGUAACUGGAAUCCGCAAUCCACAAGGUGGAAUCCAGAAUCCAAGAUUGUCUCUGAUUACCUUACAUGGGGUGAGUGAACUGUCAGCUAAAAUUGUCUUUUACGGCAAACAUCCGGCCCCGAUUACACGAGACAGGUGGGAACCCGAAACCAGUUAGACGUAAGAUCACUCUCACUGCUAAUGCUUGCUUCUGCUAUUGUAGAUAUGGGUCUCUGCCAGACUAGUUUCAUGUAAGAAGACCCAUUUAAAGUUGUACCGGUCUUGUAAGUUCCUCAAUGCAGCCGUUCAGGUACUUACUUUCAUCGUUCAGAUUCCUCCCGGUGUAGUUUUAUACUUCCCGUGUUUUUGAGGGUGUAAUGCCUUCAAAACAGUACCGUUCCUUUGACUUAUCAUGGGAGAGAAAAAUCACCAAUCUGCGAAUACGUACGUACAAGCUGUUAGGAUUAGCCCACUGACUUAACGACUAUUUAUACAUAUGGGUACAUUUAAGCUUUGCAGAAAGUAUUUAAAAUAACACUCAUAAACAGUUUACGCUUUAAUUUGUUCUCUGGCAUAAAUGCAGAGGAGAAAAUCAGAAGAAAACGCUCCCCCCGGAGAAUUAGUAGUCAUUCCACGCGACUUCAAGGGAUUAGUCAUGGGCUCAGGGGGAUACAACCUCAAUUUCAUCAGCACGAAGACAGGAGCAAAACUGAUUCGCAAAGGUCGUGAAGCGUACAUAGUCAGUGGCACCGACAAACAGAAGGAACAGGCCAGACUGCACAUUAAAGCAGCCAUAGUAAGUAUGUUGGAAUACCUUAAUUGCGUUAUUUAGAAAAAUUUAUAUCUCGGGCAAGUAGUCAGAGGUGAACUCAGGCCUUCAAUCUAUUCACACCAUAGAAGAUAGCAGCUAGUUAAACAGUUUGCAAGAAACAGCGCUCAAAAUUUGUCUCUAGGCUGGAGGAAUAAUCAGAGGUUUAGAAAACGAAUUCGUCAAGCCUUGUGUCUACAUUGAUGACUGGAAUCUCCCUGAGGAUUGUGAAGUUAAACUGAAGAGCUUGGCGAAAAAGGAUCGUACGGUACAUCCAAGUUGGGACACUCAGUACAGGCUUAUACCGUCUGAUCACGAUGGGCCACAGGUUUGCAAGCAUUUUUUGGUAUUAUUUUGCCAUGCGUUGUUAAUAUCACAUUUUAGCUAAGUUUCCCAGUCUAAACUACUUUUUGUGUACUGCACGUAUGUAAACUGUCAUUUCUGAAAGGAGUACAAGGAGUUACAUUCAUCCUAGCUUUUCUCUCUCUCUGUUUUUUAAUCCUUUUUAUUACAAUUACUGUACUAAAAAAGAUAAAACAGCCAGCUUUUUCAAUGGCUAGCUGAAUUCAGAGCGGUUUUGAAGCUAGCAAACCAGACCAUUUAACAUUGUACUUAGUCUCCACACAUCCAAUUUUGCUACUGCCCACUUGUCCAACAGAUCAGUACACGGAGGCGGCUUACUUACAGUACCUACUUACCUACCUAAUAUUUUUUAUAUAUAUUUUUCAUAAUCUACUUCAAAUAAGGUGACUUAAUUGUUUUUAUAUGGGGUUGCUGUUACUCUUUAACAAAUCGUCCUUAUGGGCUUUUUUAUCAUUGCUAUGUCCAUCACUUAAUUUGUUGCCAUUAAAUUGUAAUAAAACUUGUCUUUGUUUAGGUGUCCUCCAUUUCCAGUUCUGUCGACCCACCCUAUUUGUCACACCUUAUGGUGGACGCUUUGAAGUCUCUUCAAAACAUAAAGCAGCAAAUGAAGACAAAAGAAUAUCGUAAGGCCGAUAUGUGGUGUCACUUUGGAACAGCAAACAUCCGGGGACCUGACGAAGGUACCGCUUUAUUUCAGUCAUCCCCACAACAUAUGCAUGCAGACUCGUGACUUAAGUGUAUUAACUCGUGACAAUUAAGUGUAUGUAAGGAUAAAGCCAUACAUUGAAUUAAAAUUGAAUAACUUGAAGUGAGAUCAGUAGCGCGGAUCAAAGUUUCUGGUCUAAAGAGACGUUAAAGCACGCUACGGAAAAUUCAGACACCUCGUAAGUGCAUAGUAAAACUUAUUUGAUGUUUAAAAUGUCUAAAAUCAGAAACGAUCCAAAGUCAGGGGCGCAGCAAGGAAUUUUCCAGACGUACGCACAAUUUUCCAAAUCCGCCUGCUCCACCUGAUUCGCCUUCUUUCCCACCCCACUCCCCCCCAACGUCCAAAGUUGUUUCCAGGUGCCUUGACUUUAGAUGAGGUCUUGGAGUCCCAAAACUAUCCUGCAUGGCUAAAGUUGAAACGUUUUGUGAUGUAAACACUUCCUUGUGACCUUAUAAAAUGCAUAACUCCUGGCCAUAUGAGUGAGGGGCGCUACACACAGAUCACUUUUUAAAAUAAUUAUCUUACAUUCUUUUGCGUUUUUAUUACGUUUUUAAAACUUGUUUAUUUCACUUUUCGUCUGACCCUCAACUUUUUCAGUUACGCAUGUGCGUACCGUGCGUACAGGUGGCUACGCCCUUGCAGGUUGUAUUUGCUUGCAAAGUUAUACAAAGAAAUUGCACGUUAACCAAACAAACAACUCAUGGUUUCUGAAUCUGCAGUCAUACAGUCACUUCGACGUACUUUUUUAUUUUGUCAGAGGAAGCUGAGGAAGGAGAGUGGACUAUCAAAGAGGUAGUAGAGAGGUUUCAGUCAGACGACGAGAGAAGUCCCUGGAGAACUUCACUCAAAGGAGGAGUUGAUCUGGAUGAAAAAACCUGGAAAGGAAUCAGUUCCCGCGAAAGCACUACGAACGGAAACAUGGAUUAUGUGGCAAGAUAUGACUUGACUUUUUUAAUGCCACUUGGAUAUGAAAUACGAUUCAAGGUAAGGGCUCCAGUUGAUUGAACAUAACAUAUUCGUCCAAAAAAAUUGUAAAUUGUAAUUAGUUUACCCACGGAUCACUAAGGAGUUCAUAAGAACUCGUUGAAACGUGUCCGUGCGUUCCAGAUCGAAUUGGAAUUUGAAAGUGUUAGUUUUUAAGGAGAGGGGAAAACCGGAGUACCGGGAGAAAAACCUCUCAGAGCAAGGGAGAGAGCCAACAACAAACUCAACCCACAUAUCAUAUCAUAUCUUCUAAUUAUUGCUUGAUGCAUGCAGCAUGUCAGUGGAUGCGUUUGAAAUCCUUCUUUCGACGUAAUUCUUACGACACCAUCCAACAGUGUUGGAUGGGUCUUUGAUGAAUGUCGUCUUUAUCAGGCGAAUGUUCGAUCUAACUAUCAGUCACGUGUUGAUCAUCGUACAGCACGUGAUCAUCAUUCUUGAAUGAUGUUGGGACAACUUGUUUGAUACAUCAAAUUGCACCCUAGGCUCGAACUACAGACUUUCACCAUUCCCAUUCAAUAUUCCACGACUAAGGGAUACCAACUUAGUUUAUCUUAGUUUAACAAGGGCUACGACGCCAUGCAUGUUGUACUCUGUCCACUGAUUGGAUAACUAUACUAGGUUUGGACAUUUCAUAAUUCGGAUCUACCCAUUUACUGACCCAUCUAGUCCAAUUAGGACCAGAUCCUUGCAGAUAAAACCUCUCCCAGGACAACCGAAGAGAUCUUGGGCUUUAAUCGCCAAUCCAGAGGAACGGAAACAGAAUGGUUCUAAAACUUGUUUGAUGAGAAUUAGUGCCUAGGGGAAUUUCUGAUAUUUUGCCAGUAAUGAUUUCCUCUGUAAACAUCCCGUGCCUUUUUGCUUUUACCGUGUUACUAAGAUCGCUAAUAAUACCAGAAAAAGACCCUCAAUCCAAAAACAAACCGGAACAAAGGUUUAAGGUUUGUUUAUAGUGGAACGUGCACUUAGCUUUUCGAGCUAAUUUACAGACAUUCCACUCGAAUAAUAACAAAGUAAUAAUUUGAAUAUAACGAAACAGUGGAAGAAGGCAACCAGUUGGUUACAUACAAGCGUGACCGAGGAUUUGAACUCGGGACGACCCAGAACAAAUCCAGCAACUCGCGAAAACGAUACUCAAACCCGGGCCGGGAUCGCCGGAUCGCGAGUACGAUGCGCUGGACACUCGGUCAGGCUACCUCCCUAAGCUUUGCUCUUCUUCACAGGUAUGGAUCACAAGGAGCAACACUGGUAAAAAGUUGGAAGACAUUCCAAUUCCUUUUAAUGAUGUGAAGAACAUCCUGGACGAAAUACACUUUGAAGACGAGUUUACGCGAUCACGGUGUCGAGGAUGGCUGGUACUUCCAUCUAGAAAAUAUCUUCAGGCAGAUAUUUUGUUUCCUGGUUGCGAGUUUGACUGCAGGCUCACUAUUCGUGGGCGGAUGGGUAUGACUUGAAUUGAAACAUUUAAAAAAGGUGGCAAAAAUAAUCGUAAUAAUCAGAAACAUAUGAGACUUUUAGUGGAAUCGUUAUUUGAUGGUUUUAGUGGAAUCCUUACUUGAUGGUUUUAGUGGAAUCGUUAUUUCAUGAUAUUUGAGUGGUUAAAAUUACUUUGAACAUUUAUUGAGAGUACAGUUUAGCUGUCGUCAGCUAUUGUAUUACGAGAGGGAAACCUAUGUCGUAGCCACCCUUUGUCCCGACAAUAAUGUGCAUGUUACCGUACCAGCAUGGCGGACAAACAACCCGACCUCAGGAAUAGACUUUACCAACCCGAGACUUGGCCAGGAAUCGAAUCCGCAACCUUAUACACGCUGUCCAGAUGACCCUUUUCACGGUGUGUCGGUAAUUACCAUGGGUUUAAAAUUACUGUAUUUUUUCCCUAUCCUUAGAUAGCGCACUAAAUGCAGAUUAUGCACCUGAUAGUGAGUCAAGACAAGCAUUAUCUGAAUACUUGUGUAGACUGACUUUAAAAGAUGAAAAUGGUUUUGAAAUCUGCCUCCCAGAGAAGGGUACGCCUGAAGGAUUUCACUUAAUCCACAAUCGCCGGUCUGAAAGAUCUCGUUACGAAAUCUGUCCAGGAUUUACAGUUACUUUUUCCAAGGAGAGCUCUUGGCCUAGCGAUCUUUCAAUGGAGGAGCCGAGGGAAUUGGUAUAAAUUUAAGAGCAUAUUUUUAACAUGUAUUUCGAACUUUGGUCAACUCUCUCAGGAGGACAGGGAACGAACGACGAAGAACGAAGAAGGGCAGGGACCAACUCGAAUGGUCCGCUUUAGGGAGGUGUCUGUCUGAUAAAGAUGCCCGUUCAGAUAGCCCGCACCACAGACGAAACUUAAUUCUGGUUAAGUCCGUCUGCGAAACGGCGCCGAAAUCCUUGUUCUGGGUCCCCAACUGUGUACCUGGAUUUGAGUUCGUGCUAUGAUUGGCCUGUUAAAAAAGUCUUUGUCCAUUUGCCAAUCAGGAUGAAAGGAAAUUCGAAACACACUUCUGGUAAUUCGUUGAGACCAUUGGGGACACAGAACAAGGUUCUCGGCGCUGCUUCGCAGACGUCACUACCCCGGGUUAAAUUACGUCUGCGAUGCAGGCUACCGUUCAUAAAGAGUUGACCGUACUUCAUUAAGAAGAUGGGCCAGAUCUUUUAGGCUCUGUAAAAAAUUUCACCUUGCUUAGAUAUUCGUAGUGCUUAUUCUAUCACUCAUGAUCCCUCAUCGCCAUUUUUAUUGGCAAAACAAAGAUUAGUAGAUGACUUCAACAACACACAUACAUGGACGCACAUUGACCUCACUAUCGGUACGCACGUCCCCUACUAAAUAGAGAACCAUCGAACCAGAACUUUCCAACGGCGUUAAGUUGUCCAUAGAUUUUGUUAGUAGGGUCGUGAUAUAUUCUUCGCUGCUCGUUGUUACAUCUAUUAACCUAUUUUUUUCCUUAACUUUCUUGCAGACCGAUCUUCAUCUGCACUGCAGAGAGUGGGACGAGUUGCUCAAUAGCGGAGAAUGGGAACCUGAACAAAUAACUGCGAAACUUCCAGAGUUUUUCCGGUUUGUAAAGGAAGUGCAACAAUUUGUUCUUCGAGAAAUGCGGAAAAAAACUGAUCAAUAGGGAGUUGUAAGGACACGGGGAGGCCAUUUUGCAUGCGAAAGGUUAUUUGUGUGUGCCUUUAAAACUUGGAAUUUGUGCGACAUGUAGCAUUAGUUGUAAUGCAGUGUAACUUGUUCAAACACGAAACACUUAGGACUUAGAACUCGUUUGUGCGUUCCAGAUCGCGCUGGUAUCUUAAGGAGGGGGCGGAGGAACCAGAGUGCUCAGAGAAAAAUCUCCCAGACAAAGGACGAGAGCCAAGAACGAACUCAACCUACACAUGACGACAACACUGGUACUCGAACUCGGGCCACGUUGGUGGGCUCACACAAUCCUUAUUCCUCACCCAGGCUGAACCUCGUGAGGUUAUUGUUGUUAACGCAAUUGAAUAUUCAACGGAGUUUGAAAGCCCAAUCAUGCAACUCACGACCUUGACUUUGUAAAUAGCUUUUACUCUAAUAAGCACUGAGCAAACAAACAAAUUUAAUUUGAUUAAUUACUCAGUUUCAGAAGAGUUAUCUGUAGGGCGUACGUUCUGACGACCCUGAGGCACACCUACUAUUUGUUACAUAACGACAUCAAGCCCGUGAUCAAAAUUUUGAAGUGCAUGUUACUUCAUAAGUAGUGAACGUUUGCAAUGAAAAUUCAAAGAAAAUUUGUUUUACUUAACUGUAGUAUGUUAAAAAAUAUUUGCUUAUGUUUACUUCAAACAAGCUUUAAACCUUAGAGAAAAGGAAGCUACAGCCGGUUAGUUUCUGCUCGUGAAGUAGUGCCACGUGAUCCGCACACAACGUUGCAUAUGUUGGGAGUAUUAUAUUGGUAGUCAGUCCACACGUGCAUCAGUUGUUAUUUGUGUAUUGUCAAUCACAGCUGGUCGGAACAACUAUACUUG